GUGUCGGGGCGGGACUUCCGGCGUCCUCCUCGUGGCGGUAGUUUUGGCUGCUCUGAGCUGUAUGUGCUGGGUCACGGACUCCUGAGUUCGGGUGGAGACUGAGGGGACCGAGAAGGCGCGAGGGGAGGCGCUGUCCCCGCCGCGCAGACUGGCGUCCGCGACUCCUCAACGCCGCCCGGGCUGCCCCGCGCCGGGGCCGGGACGGGGACCGCUGGCCCGGGUGUCCGCUCCGCCCAGAGUCAGAUGGCGGCGACCGCGCGCAGGGACCCGGCUCAGAGUUGUGUGACUUUCGAGGACGUGGCCGUGUACUUCUCCCAGGAGGAGUGGGGGCUCCUUGAUGAGGCUCAGAGGUUCCUGUACCACGACGUGAUGCUAGAGACCUUUGCGCUUGCAACAUCCCUGGAUUGUUGGUGUGGAGCAGAGAAUGAGGAAGUACCUUCUGAGCAGAGUGUUUCUGUAGAAAGAGUGUCACAGGUCAGGACUUCUAAGACAGGUUUGUCAAUCCAGAAGACUCACCUCUGUGAGAAUUGUGUCCCAGUCUUGAAAGACAAUUUGCAACCUUCUGAGCUCCGAGCGGCAUAUUCUGGGCAGACAUCAUACUUGGGUGGGGCGACCAGAGGCUUCUGGUUUGGUGCAAACCUUCACCAGUAUCAAAAGCAUGACAGUGGAGAGAAAAUGUUCAAAAUGGAUAUGGACAGUGCCUUGUUAGUGACGAGCUGCAGAUUCCGCGUGUCAGCGAGGCCCUUUGCCAGUGGGGAAGGUGGAAAGGACUUUCUAGCUCCCUCAGGCCUUCUCCAGUACCUGGAUAUGCCCAAUAGCGAGAAGCCCCAGAGCAGCAUUGAGUGUGGGGAGCCCUUUACCAGCGGAAUAAGUCACAAGUGGAUCAAAUGCAGGAGAGCUUUCAGCAACACUCACGCUCUUGACCACCAGAGAUUCCACGAUGGAGAAGGUCUUGAAGAAUGUAGCAAAUGUGGAAAAGACGUCCGCUGUAAAUACAGACCUUUUCAGCACCAGAAAAUUCACACCGAAGAAAGAUCUUACAAGUGUAGUGAAUGUGGGAGGUUCUUUAGUCGCAAAACCCAUCUCAUUCGACACUGGAGAGUUCACACUGGAGCAAAGCCUUAUGAGUGCAUAGAAUGUGGCAGAUCUUUCAGCCAGAAAUCUGACCUCAUUCAACACCAAAGAGUUCAUACUGGAGAGAGGCCGUACGAGUGCAGUGAAUGUGGGAAGUCCUUUAUCCAAAAAUCUAUCCUUAUUAAACACCUGAGAGUUCAUACUAACGAAAGGCCUUACAAAUGCAUUGAAUGUGGGAAAUCAUUUACCCAAAGUUCUGGCCUUCUUCGCCACAAGAGAGCUCACGCUAGAGCAAGGCCUUAUGAAUGCACUGAAUGUGGGAAAUCAUUUAGUUGUAAAACCCACCUCAUGAGACACUGGAGAGUUCACACUGGAGUAAGGCCUUAUGAUUGCACUGAAUGUGGGAAAUCUUUUAGUGAGAAAUCUGUCCUCAUUCAACACCAAAGAGUUCACACUGGAGAAAGGCCUUAUGAGUGCAAUGAAUGUGGGAAAUCCUUUAGCCAGAAAUCUGUCCUCAUUCAACACCAAAGAGUUCACACUGGAGAAAAGCCAUAUGAAUGCAGUGAAUGUGGGAAAUCCUUCAGCCGUAAAACCCACCUUGUUCGACACCAGACAGUUCACUCUGGAGCAAAGCCUUAUGAGUGCAAUGAGUGUGGGAAAUCUUUUAGCCAGAGCUCUGGCCUCCUUCGACAUAGGAGAGCUCACCUGCAGUGAAUGAGAAAUCCUUUAGCUGCAAACUGAGCUCAGUCAACACCAAAGAGUUCACACAAAGUGAAACAGAUGCAGAGAAUGUGCCCUUUCCUUACUUAGUUUAAUUGUGGUGGAGGAAAGCCUCUUGAGCCAUCUGCCUGAACUGAAUUUUAUAGAUCUGAAAACAUCUACAGACUGGAGAUUUCCCUGUAAGUUUCAGUUAUGCGGGAAGCAUGUACAACCUGUCCAAGCUCCUUGCCAGGUUGAUGUCACUGCCAGUUUCAGUGGCAGCAGCCACUUCAGCUCUACCACGUGACCAGUCCCCACAGUGUGCGUCAGUCACCUUGGUCUGCUUGUCAAAGCUGACCUCUGCUCUCCCAUGUGCUAGAGGAAAUCAAGAGUAUCCUGAGCCUUAUGAGAUCUUCAUUCCCUUCUCUCUUGACAAGUUAGCACAUGGACUUGACCCUCUGUUGGCCUCUAGAACACUAUCUGGGUUCUGCUGAUGGCCUGCGCAGAAGAACUAGCUUUUUGAGAGAUCUAACUGGUCUCAGGGAGUGCUCUUGAUGAGGUUUUCCAGCUUCCAAGUCAUUGAACCGGAAACUCGCACAGCUUUGGCUGGUUUGUGCAAUAAUAAAGGCCUUUCUGUUUAAGCACCUUUAAUCUUAGAAACUCUGUCCACAGUGUAGGGUAGCUUGAAGGACUGCCAACUUGAAGUGGAAAGUUGUGAGGGGAUGCAAACGUUGGGUGCCUCAGAGGGGACAGUGUGAUGGUAGAGUGUAGUGCUCUCCAGUUGUAUCAUAGUCUGCGUUGCUGCCAGGACCUCCUAGGAAAGACUGCUCUGUGGUCCUGAGUUUUUGCCUGGAUGCCAGAGGUCACCCUGAGAAAGGGGCAGUUGUGACAACACCCGUGCUUUUGGAGACAACGUGAAUUUUUCCUUGUUCACGGGAUACCUCAGUGCCCAGCAGUGCUGAGGAAAAUCAGCCCCAGGUCCUGCAGAGGAGCUGUGCACCCUGAUACCCAGAGCUCAGUAGGCCAGUGUUGCUGGCUGUAAGACUGCAGGGGCAAGGGAACCCAUAACUGGCACAGAAACACCAUCAAUAGAGCGUGGAGGAGACUGCCGCAGGAUACAUGGAGUGCGCCUCUCCCGGGUGUGCACCCACAGGUGUUUCGGUGACUGCAGGCUGCGAGUGUACAGAAAUCUCAGGAUCUCCAGCAGCGUGUGAGACUUCCAACUCCUUCACCCUUGUCAGUGCCUGAUGCCAUGAAAGCAUGGUGUCCACAGGACCCGAGACGACUUGAGUCCAACCGUUCUAUACAAGCUUCACAGAGACUCUGAAAAAUCAAGGUUAUAUGAAAUGAUUUUGGGAGAAGGACAUUAGGUGAAGCAGCCAGAACUGCAGCCAGUGGAGAGAAGAGAGAAAAAGGGGAGAAAACCAUGCUGGCCAAGAGUGAGUCUCACAGAAGAAAGAGCUCAUGAAAAUGGUCUGACUCUUACAGAAUAAAAGAGUGGAAGAAAAAUAGGAAUGCUACACACCACGGAGAGUACUAUUGACACAUACAUACUGAUUCAGUGACGUCUUCAGUCAACUGAAUAAAUAAUAAAAGUGAGAUUCUAGUGAUUGAUAACACGGUUAUCAAAAGAAGAUUCAAAUACAGAGACCAACAAGACUUUAAAGGAGGAAGAGUAAAGGUCAAGUGAAAUAUCCUGAUUCCAGGAUGGAGAAUAUGAACAAAAGACCAGAGGUGGACAGAUGAGGAAACAGACUGAACAAACAGAUGACCGUCCACAACAGCAAAAGACCUCAGCAGUCAACACAGAGCAGAAGAUGGAUGUAAAAUGGACACAUCCCGUGUGAUUCUUAGAAGGAAUGAAGUAUACAGAGGAAACCCUCCUACUAAAGGCUUCUUUUCUGAGGACUGAUUCUGAGAGAGCUUAGGUGAGGAGCAUUAAGGAGGAGAGAAUAGGUUCAGAAAGAAAAGUUGCAGAAGAAUUGAGACACAUGAGAAUCAGCACAGCCACAGCCUCCUUAAGGGGGUUACAGUAGCAUCACUAUCUUUACUAGAGUUUGUGAUCCCAUGUACCAGAGCUCUGACAUCAGUCACCCUCAUGAAAGCUGUUUCUCAUGCACACUUCACAAAUUGCCCAGUCCCACCUAGCUCAGC